GCACAUCACUAUCAUUGACGUAAAAAAAAUUGGAAACGUCGACGUAUGGUGAUCAAAACUUUGUUUUAGCUGUUUCUGUGUUAUUUUGCUAAAUUCAUUGAACGUUUUUAUAUAAUUCUUCAUUGAGGAGUAUCAGUGGACAUAGCAAACCAUGGGUUUAACGAUAUCAAGUGUUUUUACUCGGCUUUUCGGCAAAAAACAGAUGCGUAUUCUAAUGGUGGGGCUUGACGCCGCCGGAAAGACUACAAUACUUUACAAGCUAAAGUUAGGCGAGAUCGUGACUACGAUACCGACAAUCGGCUUCAAUGUGGAGACAGUAGAGUACAAGAACAUCAGCUUCACCGUGUGGGACGUCGGUGGCCAGGAUAAGAUCAGGAAGCUAUGGCGCCACUACUACCAGAACACGCAGGGCUUGAUCUUUGUUGUGGACUCCAGUGACACUAAGAGAUUAGCAGAGGCUGAACAAGAGCUUAGUAGUAUGCUAAAAGAAGACGAACUAAGAGAUGCAGUUGUGUUAGUGUUUGCAAACAAACAGGACAUGCCAAACGCAAUGACUGCUGCCGAGCUUACUAAUGCACUUAAUUUGAACGGACAAAGGAAUCGUCGUUGGUACAUCCAAGCUACAUGUGCGACACAAGGACAAGGAUUAUACGAAGGCCUGGACUGGCUUUCAAACGAACUCGCCAAGAAGUGAGAUACGGUGUUAUCAACAGCGUAUGGGAAUCAACAUUUUUGAUCAUUUCCCACACUGACUGACAAUUUCCAUUGUUUGUGAAUGAUGAUCUUUAUACUGAUCCAAAGGACUUUGUAAUUUUACGUAUCUAAUUAAGAUCUAAGCUGUAAGGGACUCAGUCUUCAUUGUUCACUCACAAUAUUGUUUAGGGAGUUUUGGUGUCAAAAUUUUAGUAUUUCUUAUUAAAAAAUUAAGACCUUUUAGAGCCUUUUUCUCAUAAUACUAAAUAUUGUUUGCAGGUUGUGAAAAGGGCCCUAAGUAGUUGUCAAAGUUAGACUAAUCAUGUAACGUUUUGGUCUGUGUUUAAGUUUUUCGGUAAUAUUUUACUGUUUUGUGUAGUUUGUAAUAUUAAUGGAGUAAUUCUACUGUAUAUCUCGUUUAUGCAUUUUAAAACUCCUAAUAAGCACAACAGGUAAUGUUUAUUAUACUAUCAACACACAUGCUUAUCGAUUAUACAUAAUGCCUGUAAUAUUGACAAUAAACAGUGUUUGUCAUACAAUGUGCAUACUAUUAUUAAUAUAAAUUAUUCAGUAGCUAGAUAUUUAUCAAUAUUAAUUAUAUUUUAUUUUGGUCUUUUAACAAAAAAAGUAUUGUUUGAUCACUUUGUGUCACAGUCAGCGAAACAAUAUUUCUUACACCCGUUUUAUGAUUGGGUUUGAAAUUCAAGAUACAUUCCUAACAAAACUGAAUUUGGCAGAUAUAUCUAUUGCUGGUAGUUUUUUAAGUUGUUAAAUUGUAUAUUUUUAAUAGCAACUGCAUAACACGAUCAGACUGGUAUGCUUUUGUUAUAUGACAAUUUCAUUGUAUUUCAUAAUGCUGAAAUGGUAAUACAUAAACAAAUUCAUUGCCAUGUAAUUCUUGCUAUGUUUAUGUUCAUAAUAUUCACUUCAUGUAUGAUUGCAAUAUGGUGGUGUAUAUAAUAUUUUAUAAUGACCUAUUGGCCAAAUAUAUUGUAACUAUCGCAAAAUGUAACUGCAUGUUCCAUUCCUUCAGUUGCUGCUUGUGAGAUGCGAUAAGUUUUAUUACGAUAAAAAUAAAAGAUAGGUGUAAUUGAAA